AGAGAGAGAGGGUUUGGUUUGGUUUGGUUUGGGUUUUGGUUUGGUUGGGUUUGGUUUGGGGCAUGGAAGGGGUGGGGAUGCUGAAGCAACUCAUCGGUGAGCUUCAGCAGGUUUUGGACUCUUACCACUCUCAUUCUCAUUCUCAUUCUUCUCUCAUUCUUCAACCUUCUCAUCACACUCUUCUCUUUCAACAUCCCAGGUGGACCUCCCUUGACCUUGAAGAUAGCUCCAUAGAUGACUGCUGUGGCCUUGUAAUGGCAGCUGGAAAGUCUGGAAGUUUUGAGAUGUUGGAGCCUCUCAAAUCUCCACCUACUAAGAAGUCUCGAAGAGAUAGAAGCAGGGGCAAAUUUGGAAGAUCUAGUACAACUGAAGUUAUGGAACAAGAAGUUUGGAAAGAUUUUCCUGAAGAUUUAUUUGAGGCCGUGAUUGCACGACUUCCCAUUGCGACAUUUUUCCGCUUCCGCUCCGUAUGCCGGAAGUGGAAUUCCAUGCUGACUUCUCAAAGUUUUUCUCAGCAUUGUGCUCGAGUCCCACAAGAAAAUCCAUGGUUUUACACCGUUACCCACGAAUGUGUGACUUCAGGAGCCAUGUACGACCCUUCUUUGAAGAAAUGGCAUCACAUUACUAUAGCAAAACUGCCCACAAAAUUGAUGUUUCUACCAGUGGCUUCUGCAGGGGGUUUAGUUUGCUUUCUUGACAUCGGUCAUCGAAACUUCUAUGUUUGUAACCCACUAAAUCAAUCCUUCAAGGAGUUGCCAGCUCGGUCAAUUAAGGUCUGGUCUCGUGUUGCUGUAGGGAUGACAAUAAAUGGAAACUCAGCUGGUUCUGGCUACAAAAUCUUAUGGGUGGGUUGUGAUGGAGAAUAUGAAGUAUAUGACUCAGUCAGAAAUUCUUGGAGUCGUCCAGGAAACAUGCCUGCAGGUAUGAAGCUGCCAUUGUUGCUCAACUUUAGGUCUCAAGCUGUCUCUAUUGACAGCACACUUCACUUCAUGCGUUCGGAUCCAGAAGGGAUUGUUUCCUACGAUAUGACAUCUGGGGUUUGGAAACAAUACAUAAUCCCAGCGCCGUUGCAUCUGACUGAUCAUACUCUGGCUGAGUGUGAUGGCCAGAUCAUGCUUGUGGGCUUGCUCACAAAGAAUGCAGCCACUUGUGUAUGCAUAUGGGAGCUGCAGAAAAUGACACUCUUGUGGAAGGAGGUUGACAGAAUGCCAAACAUAUGGUGCUUGGACUUUUAUGGGAAGCACGUUAAAAUGACUUGCCUGGGUAACAAAGGCUUGCUCAUGUUGUCUUUGAGAUCAAAACAAAUGAACCGGUUGGUUAUAUACAACAUAGCAAGGAAAGAAUGGCUGAAGGUUCCUGGGUGUGUGGUGCCGCAUGGGAGAAAACGACAGGGGAUAGCAUGUGGUACUGCAUUUCAUCCAUGCCUGACUGCAGUGGCAUGAUUUUGCUUGUAUCUCUGACAUCAAUGGCCUGUCUUUUUUUCCCUCCAGUCUUGUGUGGUUCUUUGCAAUUUGCAGGCCUUCGGUGUCGAUGUACAAAAUUCUGAUGUUCAUUGCUGGUUUAACAGAAUAGAUGAAAAAUAAUAUGGGUUUGUAGUGAUUCGUGUUUUUUACGUGCUUACAAGCAUGUAAACAUUACUUUGGGUUACAUGUUAUGAAUACCGCAUCCUCGAACAUCGUGGUAGAAAAGUGAUAUAAAAUUGCAGUUUCUUCCUGUAUUCAGUAAGAAAUGGGUUUUGCUCGUGUGUGUUGGGUGGCUAUGGAGAGGGGCGAGAGAGGAUCCUUGAUGAGGUCUUUUGAAUGGAAGAAAAUAUGGUUUUCGUAUUUGUUUCCAUUAACUACCAACAGUGUGAUCACCAAAUUUGAAUGGGAAACAACUCUGCUAUGCUGUGAAAGACUGAAACCAAAUUUUCAGUUAUACUCUCUUGUUCUUAUUCAAUUAUCAAAUUUUAUCUUUUUUUUUUUUUUUUUAAAUUCUGUCUUCCAAACGGGCUUUAAAGAAGUUGAUUGCAGGGUUCCUCCAAAGCUAUUUAUAAAUAAGGUUAAUUCUAGUAGCUCUUUUUAGAGCAUUACAACGAUUUUACCAAAAGUAAAAGAGCAUUACAACGAAGAUUACUUAGUAGUCAAUGGGUGCCCACAUCAUGUUCGCUUCCUUUUGUUUCGCAACAGUGCCGGAUUUGGCUUUCAAACUAGUUAUUUAUCACUGAAAUAUAUAAUAUUUGACUGAUUUUUUGGGGCC